GUUUAGUCACGGAGGAGAGAAGUAAUGGAAGGGCGGUAAUGUACCUCAGCGUUGUUUGCCUACCACCAUUAAGCCCUAAAGAAGAAGAAGAGAUGUCUUCUCAUAGUAAUUCCAGACCUAAUAUGCCAUGGAGCAACGGAGAGGUGAAAACCUUCCUUUCUUUGGUGGCGGAGGAAAGAAUACAGGGCGAACUGGACGGCGCGGCGAGGAACGAGAAAAUAUUUCUAGAGCUCGCUGAAGCCAUGGCCACGCAUGGCUUUACCCGAAGCUCCAAACAAUGUCGCGAUAAACUUAAGAAGUUAAAGUGUGAGUACAGGGCGGUCGCAGUCCACAACGGUCGGAGAGGGGUAGAUAAGCGACGGUGGAAAUGGUUUAAAGAAAUGGACGCCAUUUAUGGUAAAAGGCCCGCCAGCAGCGUCCGUGAGAGUGUCGUGGAUUCUGCGGGUCCGUCUCCAGUUUCAAGUUGCACGUCGGGAAACGGCCAGUCUCUGAGAGAGUUGAUCAGCGAGCGACUAGCUGCUGCUGCUGCAGACAUAUUCUCAGAGUUUGAAAAAACCAUCGCCCGAUACGAGAAAGAGAUCGAUCGCCAACGCAGACUGCUGGAGGUCAACUCAGCCAGAACAGAACUCCCACUGCAUUACAUCAAGAAAGAUGAGGAAGUUCUGACUGACCAGCAGCUCUGGAACCAGGAGAGGACCUCCAGUUUGGACCAGGAACAAGCUGAACCUUUACAUGAGGUACCAGAACCUCAGCAGAUUAAAGUGGAGCAGGAUAACCCAGAACAUUUGCCGUUUAUAGAACAAGAGGAGCUUUGCAUCAGUCAGGAUGAAGAGCAGUUUGUAGUGAAGCUGGAGAAUGUUACCUCCUUUUCAACUCCUAUUGAUGAGGAAAGAAACCACGAUGGACCAGAACCAAGCAGUGAGCAACGGUUUUCUUCAGUGUUUCCUGAGGCUGAGGUCAGGGAUGCCUCCCCUGCAGCGUCAUCAGCCUGUCCAGAACCUCCACAGCAUUAUGUCUGUGAAAAGGAGAAGGUUUUGCCUGACCAGAAGCUCUAUAACCAGGAGAGGAUCUCCAGUUCAUGUCAGCCGGAACCUGAACCUCCAUUGAUCAAAAAAAGACAGGAAGAACUCCGUAUCGGUCAGCAUGAAGGGCAGUUCCUUCCGACACAGGAAAAUGUAACCUUCAUGGUGACUUCUCCUUCUGAAGAAACUGAUUGCAUUGAACAGGAAUCACACUGGAACCAACCCUUGUGUCCGCGUUCUACUGAAGCUGAAAACCAAGAUCAAGAUAUAUGCAAGAAUGAAAACGGCAAUGAAGAUUUAACAAAAAAUGAAAGUCAUCAACAAACCAAAGAUCAAAGAAACAGUGUAGAGACCCAUAAACCAAAAAAGCAAAAGAAGGCUCACAGAGGCAACAGCCAAGUUUCAUGUGGAAUCUGUGAAAAAUCUUUCAGUCACAAUGGUCUUUUAACUCUUCACAUGAGAUGUCACACAGGUGAGAAACCAUUUAUAUGUGAAACUUGUGGGAAAAGUUUCUCUACAAAUUACCACUUGACUAAUCACACACGAAGUCACACAGGCGAGAAACCGUUUAAAUGUAAAUAUUGUGGCAAAUGUUUCUCUUUGAGGGGUACCUUGAUUAUUCACAUCAGAGUUCACACAGGUGAGAAACCAUUUACGUGUAGAGUUUGUGAUAAAUGUUUCUCUAGGAGUGAUAGUUUGACUUCACACAUGAGAAUUCACACAGGUGAGAAACCAUUUUCAUGUAGGAUUUGUGGUAAAUGUUAUCGUAUUAGAAACCACUUAUCCACACACAUGAAAACUCACACAGGUGAGAAACCAUUUAAAUGUAAAAUUUGUGGUAAAUGCUUCUAUAGGAAUAUUGACUUGACUAAACACAGGAGAACUCACACGGGUGAGAAGCCAUUUACAUGUGGAACUUGUGGUAAGUGUUUCUAUUUGAGUAGUCACUUGACUAUACACAUGAGAACUCACACACAUGAGAAACCGUUUACAUGUGAAACUUGCAGUAAAUGUUUCUAUACGAAGUAUAUCUUGACUAAUCACAUGAGAAGUCACACGGGUGAGAAACCAUUUACAUGUGAAACUUGCGGUAAAUGUUUCUCUUUGAGAGGUACCUUGAAUACUCACAUGAAAUUGCACACAAGUGAAAAACCAUUUACGUGUGAAACUUGUGGUAAAGGUUUCUCUUUGCAAGGUGGCUUGAUUAAACACAAGACGGUUCAUUCAGGUGAGAAACCACAUGCAUGUAAAAUUUGUGGUAAAUAUUUCUCUGUUGGUAGUAAACUGGCUUGCCACAUGAGAACUCACACAGGUGAAAAGCCAUUCACAUGUGAAGUUUGUAGUAAAUCUUUCUCUCAAAGAUGUUACUUGAUUGCUCAUAUGAGAGUUCACACAGGUGAAAACCCAUUUACAUGUGGGACUUGUGGCAUAUGUUGCCCUACGAAGAAACACUUGACUAGACACAUAAAAACUCACACAGAUGAGCGACCAUUUACAUGUGAAACAUGUGGUAAAUGUUUCUCUGAGAAAGGUGCCUUGAACACUCACAUUAGAGUUCACACAGGCUUGAAGCCAUUUGAAUGUGAAAUUUGUGGUAAGUGUUUCUCUAAGAGUUAUUCUCGGACUACACACAUGAGAACUCACACAGGUGAGAAACCAUUUACAUGUAAAACGUGUGGUAAACGUUUCAGUCUUAAAGGUUCCUUGAGAACUCACACGAGACUUCACACAGGUGAGAAACCAUAUACAUGUAGAAUUUGUAGUAAAGGUUGUUCUAGAAGUGAUGAGUUGACUCUCCACAUGAGUACUCACACAGGUGUGAAACCCUAUUCAUGUGGAAUUUGUGGCAAAUGUUUUUCUAAAAGGAAUCACGUGGCUUCUCAUUUUAAAACACAACACAUAUGAAAAGGCUUUUCCAUUUCUGAUCUAUUGACCCUUUGCACCGACGUCACCUAAUCACGUGGGUCCACCGUGGUGGACGGCAAAAGCAUGUAAACAGUGAGCAACACGAUUACUAAACAAAGGAAAAAGUAGAGCCUGAAAUUGUUUUUGCGAUCAAAACAAAAACAAAACUCCUCCAGAAUUCCUUCAACUAGUUCAUGCCCAGUUCAGUUAUCAGAAGAAGUAGCGCAUCUAGCGGUAUGCUAACUAGCUUACCAACGUUAGCUUACGUUCUCUCUGCAGCUGUUUACCGAUAACAUGUUGCUGAGUUUGCCUAAAUUCACCCCUCUGGAUUUAUAACUUUGUUGUAAACAGCGUUUCACUUUACACCAAAGCUGAUUUUUAAAAAGUCCGGAUCCCUACCAGCUUCUGUUGCUGGUGGUGUUACCGAGUUCAGCUGCUGCUCUCACACCAGAAUGAGAAGAUCUCUGAAUGGUGAUGCUCAUAUAAAUAAAUAACGUAAUUUUAACACACGUAGUCAUACAUCUGAGCUUUAAUAUUGUUAAUAAUUGUCUCGCUUUACACAACAGUGGACGGCACGCAGCCUCCGUGGUGAAAUACCCACCCAUCAGGAUUAUCAAUAACUAGUAUAAACACAUCACAUUUAUCCCCGUCUUCCUCGUGAAAUAAAUUAACGUUAAUCUUACCCGUUAAAAACAUGUUUGCUCUAAAUCUGACGCCUGCUAGUCCGCUUGAUUGAUCGCUGCAGUUUAUCUCCGUCCUCAGUCUCCAUCAGUUAUUAAAAAGAAAAAAAGUGUUCAGUUUACGUCCUUGUCUGUUAGUGCAGCCGACCACGCAGCAAGCUAAAACCAUUUUAUUGUCAAAUCAACUAAAUAAAAGUGAUAAAAGGCUACAAACUGGCUUGUUUUGACUACCUUCACUGGAGUUUCUACGGGUGUAAAUGGUCUUUUUGCUGUCUAUCAUGUCGAAGGGGGUGGUCACAUGAGUGGCGUGACAUCACGUGCAAAGGGUCAAUAGGAAGCCUAAGUCACCCAUCUACUUGCAGGCCAUAAGUCCCUGGAAGAAAGAAAAAAUGAAUGCAAGUCAACAGGGCUAUAAAAACAAUUUUUCUAAUUCCGUUAGUUUUGCAUCAUUUUCUUUACAAAUAAUGUCUGAAUUUGAAACUCGCUUUCUGCCAAGUUUUUUUUUAACAGCGACUAAAACUAUUUUAGGUGUGCGAAAAUAUGUCCAUGACUACUAAUGCACCUCAUCAAAUUGACGUCAUCAAGCCAGACACAGAAAACAGAUAUGGAUAACUUACUCUAAGAUCAGCAAACUUUGUAAACUUCCUUCAGGAGAAAAGAACCACCAUAAAUCUUGCCAUGUGGUAAGUAGCAGCUUUGCUGGAGGACAGGUUAUUCUGUGGUGAUGUCCGAUUAGUAAUUAUAGUAAUUACAACCACAGCUUAUAAAUCGUGACAGGUGUAGUGGAAAAAUUAAUACUUUUCAUAAAGGGACCUGCCAUCUGGCAGGCUCGUUCUUCGCCGUAAGAUUUGUUACCCCCUUUUUUUUGCUCUUUUUUUUUCACAAAUACAACUUGAACUGCAACGGGCAUCCCCACAAAUUUUACAUCAAAACUACUGGCUCUGCCAUAGAAAGUGUGUACAAAAAAAAUUAGAAAAAAUUUCUCAUUUUGGGUGGGUGCCCACUGUUGCCCACACUGGUGGGUUAAACCCAUCUUUGAAUAAGCCAAACAAAUUGGGUCGAAAUCACCCAUAAAGUUUGAGAUUGGUCUGAUCAUGCAUGUGAAAGUAAUAAAACCAAGGAAUUUAAUGGUGACAGGUCAAUACUUGAUGAUAAGCUACGUCCAUACUGUCAAACUUUUGUAGAAUCUAUAGGUUCAGUUUUUUCCACCUUGUCUUAAGUUUUUUUUUAAUAUACUUUGUCUUAAGAGUAUAUAACAGAAAUUCCAAGAUGACAGGUGAAAAGGGCUAGGUAAGGUUGGCGUACCUUAACAUGUGCAAAAAACCCAAAAUGGCUGAUUUCCUGUGGAGUAUGUAGCAUGGCUCCAAAAUACUUUUUUGUAGGUUCUGACCCUAAAUAAAUUUACCAAAUUUCACAAUCCUCAGUCAAAGCAUGGCACGGGGCUGACAUUUUUAAUGGACCUAGGGGGCACUAUUGCAGAAAAUAAGCCACGACCACCAGAUUUUAUGGUUAAUUUCUAUUAAGGAUUGGAUUUGUAUCAAUCACUUGUAAUUUUAUACCAAUAACAUCAGAAUUGAUGGAAUGGCGGGCAAACGUAAUUCCAUGGUGGGAUGUCAAAUUUUGCCAUUUCCCUAAAGUGCCCCUGCCAAUGUGGGACCCCAAGUGACCCCAACAUGUCUACUGCUAUUUGCCAGAGAUUUGUGUCGAUUAGAUGAAAGAGGUCAAAUUAGGAGCUUUGGCUGUAAAGCACAGUGUGGCGAGAGGUCAAUGUUUGAGGCUUAGCCACACCCACACCAUUAGACUUUAGAAAAAUCUGUCGGUUCAGUUUUUUCCAGUAUGACAGAAGUUAGAAGGCGAUAGGUGAAGUGCGUGGGGGGUUAGCGUACCUUUAACGUGUGCAAAAAAACACAAAAUGGUGUACUUAGAUUAAAAUGGCAGACUUCCUGUAGGACAUAGAACAUGUGUCCAAGAAACUUUUUUUUUGUAGGUCCUCAGACUUUACAUAAGUGUACCAUAUUUCACAACCCUAAGUCAAAGCAUGGCUUGGGGCUGGCAGUUUUAAUGAUACUAAGGGGCGCCAUUUAAAAAAAAAUUGACACACCCACCAGAUUUUCAGGUUAAUAUUUAUGGACGUCUGGAUUUGUAUCAGUCACCUGAAAUUUUGGACCGAUAACAACGAAUUGAAGAUAGAUUUCUGGCAUCAUCGGUUUGUUGCGGUAAAUUAAGUCAUAAUGCUGUUGUACUACAGUGUGCUCGUCUCUUAAGUCAUGACUGGUGGUACUUGGCUCUGCAAGAGACGUGUGUGUAUGUAUAUAUAGAUAUAUAUAGAUGUAGAUAGAUACAUACAUAGGUAAAGUUAUGUGUGUAUGUAUGUAUGUAUAAAGUAUACCCAAUACAUUCAAUCGUCCCAUUAUCAGUGAAAGCUAUUAUUACACAUAAAGAAAAAAACAUGCCCAGACAUUAUGUUUUUAAUGUUUUUUAUUGUCAACUAUUUUUUUUUUUUAUGUUUUGAAUGAGUGAUGUAUGGUGGUGCUGUCUAAUGCAAAUUUCUCCCAAAGGAAACCAAUAAAGAAAUUUCACUUUGACUUUU